AUGGCUCGAAAAUCUGUCAAGAGCGAAGCCAGCACGGCCUCGCCCGACCCUGCCGCCGCGCCGACCCCGGUCAAGAAGGUUUCCAAGAGCAAGACCAGCAGCAGCGGUAGCGGCAGCAGCACCCCCGCCAAGAGCGCCUCCAAGAAGAACAAGGACAAGGACGUCGCCGGCACGCCUGCCGGCACCAAGACUCCCAAGAUUCCCAAGACUCCCAAGACCCCCAAGACCCCCAAGGACAAGGACGCGCCCGUGAAGCAGCGUCGUCAGAGCAUCAAGACGCCCCGCGCGUCCGCUGAGAAGCAAGCCAGCGGCAGCACGGCGCCGCCGCUCGCCAGCCUGCCGCCCGCCGCCAAGCUCGUCGCCGUCGAGGCGGUGACGCUCGCGCUGCUCUUCGCCGGUCGCCUCGCGCUCGCCGCCGCCACCGGCGACGAGCUAGGCGGUCUACGCGCCGCCUUCCCCGCGACCCCCGCCGAGCUCGCGCUGCUGUUCGGCUGGCGCGCCGCCGAGGUCGCCCUCGCCUGGGUCGCCGACCUCGACCUCGUCGACGUCGGGCUGCUUUCCUUCGUCGCGCACGCGCCCGCCCUCUGGCUCGUCGCCACCUUUUACCGCGUCCGCCCCGCCACCGCCCUCGCCUCCGCGCUCGUCGACGUCGUCGCGCCGGCGGCCGCGUUCGCCCUCGCCCGCCCCCGGCGCUCCCUCAAGGGUCCGCGCCUGCACGACCGGGAGCUCGCGGCCGCGCCGUCCCUCCGGCUGCUGGUGGCGGCGCUGGCGACGUGCGUGUACGCGGCGGUGGUGUCGCUGGCGCUGCGGUUCGCGCUGCCGCGCGUGCUGGUGCUGCACUUCCGCGGGGUGCCGACGGUGGCGCCCGCGUACGCGGCGUCCUUUGCGAGCCUGCUGCCGACGGCGGCGCCGUUUGGGCUGGCGGCGGCGGGGUUCCUGUUCGCGCCGUACGCGACGGCGGGCCCGGACGGGAGCGAGCGACAGUUCGACCCGGCGCGGGCGACGCUGGGCGAGACGCUGUGGUGGAACGCGUGGGGGUACACGGCGCGCGGGCGCGUGGUGAUUAAGCGCGCGGCGCUGCUGACGGGCGUGACGGCGGUGGGCACGGGGCUGACGUGCGCGCUGGGGGUGGACGGCGUCUCGGGGGUCGGCGCGGCGGCGUACGCGGGGGUUUGGGCGCUGGCGACGGGCCUCACCGGCUUGGCCGUGGGGCUUGUCGGCCAGGAGUGA